GUCCAUGUAUGUCCGGCCGUUUGAUGAUUUGCUUUGCUUGACAACGCAAUCGUAAUGAUCAAACAAGUUUUAUUUAAUUUUAUAACUGAUAAUUCUUGUUAACGUUUGUGUUUUAAUAUUUACCAAUCAAUUCACACCAGUCAUGAUAUUAUGAUGAGGGAUUUUGUGUAUUAUUUCUUUGUAUUGCUUUGCAGUAGCCUAACGGAAGGUGUUGAUUACACAGACACAGCUCGUUAUUACUACGACUAUGAGUGCAACGAGCCUCUAGUAGCCUCCUCUAAACUAUCUGCGACAUCUAGCUUGAGGGAAAGAGGUGCCGAUAAUGCUAAGUUGUAUGGUCUGAACGCGUGGACGGCGUCAGAGAGCGAUUUCGACCAGUACCUGGUGAUCGACCUCGGCUCCGUGAAGAAUGUGACCCGCAUCGCCACCCAGGGCCGCGCGCACUCGCAGGAGUUUGUGCAGGAAUACCGCAUCAGCUAUGGGUCUAAUGGACUUGACUACGUGAGGUACAAGGCCGCUGGCGGUGAGGUCAAGAUGUUCGAAGGCAACCACGACGGCAACACGGUGAAGAAGAACGAGUUCGAGGUGCCCAUCAUCGCGCAGUACAUCCGCAUCAACCCCAUGCGCUGGCGGGACAAGAUCUCCAUGCGAGUGGAGCUCUAUGGCUGCGAUUAUGUGGCGGACACGAUGUUCUUCAACGGCUCUUCCCUCGUCAAGGUCGACCUUCUCAGAGACCCGAUCUCGGCGUCCCGCGAGACCAUCCGGUUCCGGUUCAAGACCAGCACGGCUUCGGGAGCCAUGAUCUACUCGCGCGGCACGCAGGGGGACUAUAUGGCGAUGCAGCUGAGGGAUAAUAGGCUGCUGUUGAAUAUUGAUCUGGGCUCAGGCACCUCCACCUCCCUCUCAGUCGGCAGUCUCCUAGACGACAACAUCUGGCACGACGUGGUGAUGUCCCGCAACCGACGAGACGUCGUGUUCUCCGUGGAUAGAGUCGUCGUGCUGGGCAAGAUCAAGGGAGAGUUCUCGAGGCUGAAUUUGAAUAGAGCUAUCUACAUCGGCGGCGUGCCCAACUUUCAAGACGGGCUGGUAGUCAACCAGAACUUCACGGGGUGUGUCGAGAACCUGUACCUGAACGCCACCAACGUGAUCCAGGAGCUGAAGUUAGGAUAUGAGAGUGGCGAGCCGUUUAAGUACCAGCGCGUGAACACGCUGUAUGCGUGCCCGGAGCCGCCAAUAGUCCCCAUAACCUUCCUCAAAGAGGGUUCCUACGCCAAGCUGCGCGGCUACUCCGGCGGCAACACGCUAAAUAUCUCGAUGGAGUUCCGCACGUACGAGAAGCACGGCCUGCUCAUACACCACGAGUUCAAGACGCAGGGCUAUGUCAAGGUAUACCUAGAAGAAGGUCGCGUGAAGGUCGACCUGCAAACCACAUCAGCGGACCUGGCGCCCAAGGUCAAGCUGGACAACUAUGCUGAAGAGUUCAACGACGGGCGCUGGCACGCGCUCAUGCUGACCAUGGCCACCGACAGCCUGGUGCUGGCCGUGGACAAUAGGCCCGUGAAGACUACGAAGAAGUUCCGGUUUCUGACUGGGAGCACUUAUUAUAUUGCUGGCGGUAAAACCAAGGCGCCUCUCCGCGGGUUCGUGGGCUGCAUGCGUCGCAUAGCGGUAGACGGCAACUACCGACUGCCCACCGACUGGAAGAAGGAGGACUACUGCUGCCCUAAUGAGGUGGUGUUUGACGCGUGUCAGAUGAUCGACAGAUGCAACCCGAACCCGUGCGAGCACGGCGGCGUGUGCACGCAGACGGCGGACGAGUUCGCGUGCGAGUGCCAGGGGACCGGCUACGCGGGCGCCGUGUGCCACACUUCCGUGCACCCGCUAUCCUGCCUCGCGUACAAGAACGUGCAAGCCGUGUCGCGCUCGGCGGACAUCCACAUCGACGUGGACGGCUCCGGCCCGCUGCCCGCCUUCCCCGUCACCUGCGAGUUCUACAGUGACGGUCGCAUAAUAACAGCAGUCCAGCACUCGGCGGGGCUCAACACCAUAGUGGACGGAUACCAGGAGCCGGGCAGCUUCCGCCAGGACAUCGCCUACGACGCGACCAGGCCGCAGCUCGAGGCACUGCUCAAUAGAUCUCACAACUGUUGGCAGAGGCUGGAAUACAUGUGCAAGAAUUCACGCCUACUCAAUUCACCAAGUGACGAAGCGAACUACCAGCCCUUCGCGUGGUGGGUGUCCGGCGCCGGGCAGCGCAUGGACUCCUGGGGUGGGGCACCCCCCGGCUCACGGAUGUGUCAGUGCGGCGUGCUAGGGUCUUGUGUGGACCCAGCUAAAUGGUGCAACUGUGACGCCGAUUAUAACCCGAAUAGGCAGAGGCAUAAUGAAUUCCUGACGGACGGCGGCGAGAUUACAGAGAAAGAGUAUCUUCCAGUGAAACAGCUUCGCUUCGGUGACACUGGUAGCCAUCUUGAUGAGAAAGAGGGAAGAUACUCGCUGGGACCGCUGUUGUGUGAGGGAGACGAUCUAUUCAGCAACGCAGUGACAUUCCGCAUAUCGGACGCGAUCAUCUCGCUCCCCGCGUUCGACCUCGGCCACAGUGGCGACAUCUACUUCGAGUUCAAGACCACCCGGGAGAACGCCGUGCUGUUGCACGCUUUGGGCCCGCAAGACUACAUAAAGCUGUCCAUCAUCGGCGGAGACCAGCUCCAGUUCCAGUUCCAAGUGGGGGACACGCCGCUCGGGGUGUCCGUGGAGACCAGCGGCCGCUUGGCCGACAACCAGUGGCACUCCGUGUCUAUAGAGAGGAACAGAAAAGAAGCCCGAGUCGUCGUCGACGGCGCCCUAAAGAACGAAAUCCGGACAGGGCGCUCGGCGGCGCGGGCGCUGCGGCUGUCGUCCAACCUGGUGCUGGGCGCCGCCGCCGACAGGAAGGACGGCUUCGUGGGCUGCGUGCGCGCGCUGCUGCUCAACGGACGCCCCGUCAGCCUCAGCCAGUAUGCAGGUCAAUACGGCAUCUCGCUCGGCUGCCACGGGCGCUGCGCGUCGUCGCCGUGCCUCAACAACGGCACGUGCCUCGAGGGCUACGACUCGUACUCGUGCGACUGCCGCUGGACCGCCUUCAAGGGACCCAUCUGUGCUGAUGAGAUCGGCGUGAACAUGCGUCCCAACUCUAUAGUAAAAUACGACUUCCUGGGCUCAUGGCGGUCUACCAUCAACGAGAAGAUCCGCGUCGGCUUCACCACCACCAACCCCAAGGGCUUCCUGCUGGGCUUCUACUCCAAUAUAUCUGGAGAGUAUCUGACUCUGCAAGUCUCGAACUCGGGCCACCUUCGAGUAGUAUUCGACUUCGGCUUCGAACGGCAGGAGAUCAUCUUCCCGGGGAAGCACUUCGGUUUAGGACAGUACCACGACGUGCGCCUGUCAAGGAAGAACAGUGGCGCCACUAUGGUGUUGCAGGUGGACAACAUCGAGACCCAAGAGUACAACUUCAACAUCAAAGAGUCAGCCGACGCUCAAUUCAACAACAUCCAGUACAUGUACGUGGGGCGCAACGAGUCCAUGCACGAGGGCUUCGUGGGCUGCGUGUCGCGCGUCGAGUUCGACGACAUCUACCCGCUGAAGCUGCUGUUCCAGCAGGACCCGCCGCCUAAUGUCAGGAGUCUCGGAGGUGUCCUAAACGAGGACUUCUGCGGAGUGGAGCCAGUGACGCACCCGCCCGAGCCCAUCGAGACGCGGCCGCCGCCCGACGCCAACGAUCUGGGGCCAGACUUCCACAAGACUGACGAGGCCAUACUGGGAACGGUGCUGGCGUUCAUAUUCCUGCUGCUGAUCGUGGUGGCCAUCGUGUUGGUUCGCGCGCUUUCGCGGCACAAGGGAGAGUACCUCACCCAGGAGGAGCGCGGCGCGGACGGCGCCCCCGACCCGGACACGGCCGCACUCGCCGCCGCCACCGGCCCGCGCGUCACCAAGCGACGCGAGUUCUUCAUAUAGGCACACCCUGUAUCUUACAUACACGUGGCAAGCACAUACACAUCCUGUAUCUUGUUUACAUUCAUCAUAGCAGUAGUGACAGGCAACUUAUCUGAUGCUUCCGAAGUCGAGCAAAACAGUGGCAUGACUGUAACGUCAUUUUCUUCACCGACACUAAGCUGCGUCGCUCACCUGUCAAACAUCUGUCAGAUUCAUACAAGGAACGUCACAUUUGACAAGCGAGCUGGUGAGCGAGCUAAUGUUGGGUGGGGUUUACCCCACAGUCCAUUUUCGGUCACUUCUAACUUCAUGGCGGUAUAAAGAAAAACAGGACGUCAAAAUUUAGGCGAUCUGGAACAUUGUACAACUACAUUCUUGGUCCGGUGACAGCUGAGCUAUACAUUUUGGCUUCUGUUUAGCCAUUUGACGCGGUCAGAUAAGUUGGCUUCACUGUAACCUUCUGUUUGGGAAUAGUUGUCGUAGCAAUUUAUGACACUUCAAAUAGCGGGUAAAGACAUCCCGAUUCUUUAAAUAUAUAUCACCACACCUAUAUGCUAAUUCAGAACAUACCACAGGCCAAAAUCGACAGAUUGCCAUAAAAUAAAGAUGAAGUUAAAAGGCGUUUAACUCAUUAGACUUAGGUACCACGUUUUUCCACUGCCUAAUAAACAAAAAGAUGGCGAGUGUCCAUCGUACUAUUCAGUGGACAUACGCCGGAGGAAAGAAUCUAUCGCACAUUUACAAAAUUAUAAUAUUAGGUAUAUAACUAUUUAAUUGAUAUUAGUCGAGAAAUAGUACAAAACGCAUCAUCCAUAUCACAUCUAUCACUGUCAAACUCUCAAAUGUUUCAAACGUAUAAUAAAAUACGUUGCUUCAUAAUGUCAACCAUUUUGAAGUAAUUGUUAUAUUGUAAACCAUUACCUAAAUUCAAUCUCUCCAUAGCUUUUCUUCUUCUAACCUAUUUCUCCCAUAAAGUGCCAUUUGGCUACUGCUUUCUCUUUCUUUCUCAUGGAUAUUGUAUGAAACGUAUAUGCGAUAGCUAUAUUUUUACACACCGAUUAUGCCAUAAACCAAAAUGCCUUCUUGUAAAGUUUAUUCGACAUCGUAUGUAUCUCGUUUUAUAUUUUUAUACAGAUCUGAUAAGUUUAAAGUUGCUGUUUUACUAUAUCUAUACUAUACUGUAUGGUAUAUCUAAAAGAGCAUUUUUAAAAUACAAGCAAACUGCUUUACUAUACAACUGACGUAAUUUUGUUAGUGAUUGUAUAUUAGUUAUAAGUAAUUACUUAGUUAUGUUUCUUGAAGUUACGAAUAAAAACGAAAUAUUAAUAAAAUUAAAGUUAGUCAGAUUAUAAAACGUCUGAAGAGUGAAUGUAGUAGGCCUGUCGAGAACUGUGCCUUUCAGAGUUAAGUGAAACUUAGAUUAAGGGAUUGAUAUUUGUACAGGGUGCUGUUUUAUCAUUGGUCCAGCAAAAGUCUUAUUCACCAUAUAAAAAAUGAGAAAUGACUUUAUAUUGUUAAAACACGGAGGAUAGUAUCUGUUAAAUUACCUAUUUGAAAUAAAAUAAUAUUUACAAAGAUAAAAAAAAUUGCCAGCUAGGCGCUACUGUUACAACAGCACUCUGCAUUCGUAACUUCAUGUAGACUAGUAUUUUGGGUUUAUUAAGUUCUCUCUGAAUUUUCUAUUAUUUAAGAAUCUACUUAAAACGCGACAUUAUAAAUUAGACUGCUAAUAUUAGUGCGUAGAUUUGUAUUUUAUGCAAAACAGUAUUUUAUUUUUCCGUCCAAAAUAUUUUUUUUAACUUAUAAUGAUGUAAUCAUUUAUAUUUUUAUUUGCGACAUUAUGUGGGAUUAAUUUUGUAUUAAAAAAAUUAUAGUUUUGUAUUUUAUGUUGUGACUAAACAGUUUUUUAUUCGAUCGUGAGAUUAUGUGCCUUAAUCUCUUCCAGACAAAUUAAGAGGCACCGAAGUAGUAACCGCAUACAUUGAGACUCAUUGUGUAGAUGUAGAGUUUUAUUUUAGUACUUUAAAAUCACGAAUAAAUUUUUCACAAGAUACAUUA